GCAGAGUCGCCCGAACUUUCUGCCAUGACUUGCGCGGGCUACCUGGUGGUCAACAACAGCCAUCUUGCUUUCGUGGAAAUCUGCACAGGCGUCUUAGUGUGCUCUUUCAACGUGAACACCCACAUGGAUCCCGUGGAGCCGUCAGAGCACGCGCUGCCGCCGCUGGAGCCGCGUCGGAUGGCCAAGUUGGAAGUCUGUAUUACGCGAGCGUCGUUACAGAAGAUGGCGCAUAAGUAUAAGCAACCUGAGGGAGAGAUAGAGCCACCGGACGAAUCGAACAAGCGUCAACGCUUGUUGCAGCUGAGCGGCCACAUGAUCGAGGUGCUGGACGAGGACGAGGACCUAGACGAGUCGUCACUGCCCUGUUCCUUUCAGGUGAACACAUACAAGGUGCACUUGCGGCCAGACGGCAGCUCCAGCAGCACGCUGAACGACUCUCUUAUUCUCACAGCCACCGAUCAAGAGACUAAGAAGAUCUGGGUGAAGAACAUAAAGUUCUGGAACCGCUACGGUUGGAGAGACACAGUGCAAGUAGCUGCCACCCACAAUGACCUCAUUAAGCUCCACGAUAUAUUGCGAAAGUACAGCAACCCGACAAUUUUGGGUGCGUACUCUCGCUACAGCAGCGACGAGGCCUUCUACCGCGAGCGCAACAGCGCCACGAUGAUGUACGGGGACCGCAGCAGCUUCAGUGUCCAGUCGUCGUGCGCCACGAGACGCCAAACGAAACGACGAUUCUAUCGCGCAGCCAUCCCUGGUUCGUUCGCGCCGCCGUCGUGA